AUGCAGGUCGCCGAGAUCUUGUCCGACCUGAUGUCCUUGCAAGUCUGCGAUCCAAAUGCAGCACUGGUAUUGGUCUCUGCGAGACCGGAGGGCACCAUCAAAGACGAGCAAAAGCGUAGCGAAGGAGGAGCUCAGGAUGAUCCGGAUCUAAAGCGAGCAAAAGACCUCCUUCAUCUCCACUCCACUGUCAAGCUGGCACAUCAAGAUGGCACCGAUCGGGAGCUUAACGAAGCGCGUGAGGCCGUCGAGAAAGUGUUGCGGGCGCUGUGA